GAGCGGAAAAAGUAAUCUACGCAGCUACAUAUUGACUAGUUAAUGCUAACUAACGUCUUGGCAACACUCUCUACGAGAUAAAUGAAAACUAGUACAUUUUAUCAUGUUUAUAACGGCCAAAAUUGUUGUAGGAGAAUUUAAUUUGUGUUUGUAGCGUUAUUUAGUUGAUUUCAAUAGAGGUUGAAACUAACUAGCGAGAUAAAACGCAAGGAGCGGUAGCGAACAUAACGUGCGUUUUCAUAGAAACACCCAACGUUAUCUAAGGUAACUGUUAACAUUAAUUUAGUGAUAAAACAAGUCGCUUCAGGGAGGACUCGUCGACAUGAUCCUCUCUCGCGUGAAGCCAGCCAUUGGAGGAGAGACACCUGCGAGCAUCAGUGAGAAACAGAAGAACAAAACAAGGGUUCCCCGCCUGGAAGAUUACGUGCAACAGAGAGACUACCUGGGGGCCUUGACACUGUUAGAGUUUCAGAAAAGUAUUGGAGAAAAAGAGGAGCAUGCAGACCUCUGGAUUGGCUACUGUGCUUUUCACCUGGGUGAUUACAAGAGGGCUAUGGAGGAAUACAAGACUCUGACAAUGAAACCAGAAUGUCCUGCUGAGGUGUGGGUCUAUCUGGCCUGUGCCAUGUUUUUUCUGGGGCUCUAUAAAGAGGCUGAAGAGGCUGCAUCCAAAGGGCCAGUGUCCCCCCUCCAAAACCGGCUGCUCUUCCAUUUGGCUCACAAGUUCAAUGAUGAGAGGAGGCUGAUGAGUUUCCACCAGAACCUGGAGGAUGUGACAGAGGACCAGCUGAGCCUGGGAUCCAUUCACUACAUGCGGUCCCACUACCAGGAAGCUAUAGACAUCUAUAAACGCCUUCUACUGCAGAACAGAGAGUUCCUGGCCCUGAAAGUGUAUGUUGCUCUGUGUUACUAUAAGCUGGACUACUAUGAUGUGUCCCAGGAAGUAUUGGCUGUAUACCUGCAGAGUAUCCCCGACUCCACUAUUGCCCUCAACCUGAAGGCCUGCAACCACUUCAGGCUUUACAACGGCAAGGCAGCAGAGGCUGAGUUGAAGAACCUAAUUGACAUCUCCUCCUGCUCUUUUGAGUUUGCUAAGGAGCUUAUCCAGCACAACCUGGUGGUGUUUCGUGGUGGGGAGGGGGCAUUGCAGGUGCUGCCUCCUCUGAUCGAUGUGUUCCCCGAGGCCAGACUCAACCUGGUCAUCUACUAUCUCAGACAAGAUGAUGUCCAGGAAUCUUACAACCUCAUCCAAGAUUUGGUCCCCACCACACCUCAGGAGUAUAUUUUGAAAGGAGUGGUAAAUGCUGCACUGGGCCAAGAAAUUGGAUCAAGGGAACACUUGAAAAUUGCUCAGCAGUUCUUUCAGUUGGUUGGAGUCGAAUGCGACACUAUUCCUGGUAGACAGUGCAUGGCCUCCUGCUUCUUCCUCUUGAGACAGUUUGAAGAUGUUCUCAUAUAUCUCAAUUCAGUCAAGGGUUACUUCUAUAAUGACGAUACAUUCAACUUCAACUAUGCUCAGGCUAAAGCCGCCCUUGGCAACUACAAAGAGGCAGAAGAGGUUUUUCUGCUGAUUCAGAGUGAAAAGAUCAAGAAUGACUUUGUGUACCUCAGCUGGCUGGCAAGAUGCUACAUAAUGAACCAGAAGGGUCGGCUUGCCUGGGAGCUCUAUCUGAAGAUGGGCACUUCCUCAGAUUCCUUCAGUCUGCUGCAGCUCAUUGCCAACGACUGCUACAAGAUGGGCCAGUUCUACUAUGCAGCCAAAGCAUUCGAUGCACUGGAGAAGCUGGACCCAAGUUCCAACUACUGGGAGGGCAAAAGAGGGGCAUGUGUUGGCAUCUUCCAGCUCAUACUGGCAAACAAGGAGCCCAAGGAGACACUGAAAGAGGUGGUGUCCCUGCUGCGAAAUUCAGGAAACCCACAGGUUGAAUACAUCAUCCGAACUCUGAGGAAGUGGGCCAAAGAGAACAGAGUCCUCCUCUCCUGACAGCACUCAGUCAGCUCGCCACGAGUCUACAUCAAGAGUAGCUACAUUAUGCGGAUGUUAGCAGUCAUUAUAGUCCAUUUGAUAAUUUCACUUGAAGCUUAGAAAUAUGAAGUUAUUGCUAGUUAUAUGCUAUACUGUAGUGUUUUGUAUUAAAAUAUGUACGUUUUAAAUUGCAGUUCUCUAUGUACUUGUAUGUAUAUUCUUA